GCUUCUAGGGUUUCUCUCCUCUUCUCUUCUCUUCUCGCUGAGGUUUUCAAUGGAUGUAGCGACCAGUAAUGCUCUAAUCAAUCUUGAAUCCGCCGCGACGAAUUCGAUGGUUGCCGACGAUAGAGGAGAACCGCCUGCGAAAAAGCCACGUUUUGACGAGGAGCUGAAUAGAGUGGCGGAGAUUGUUUUGGUUCUAUCGGCGUUAGGGAGGAUGCGAGGUGGGGAAACUCCGACGGCGUUGGAACUCGACCUGAUGUUUGAAGCUAGGUCGAAAUUAGCUGGCAUGUGUCAGGAAUUUUACCCUAAGGAUAUUGUUCGUAAGGAUGAUGUUAGAGCUGUGAUUGACGAUUUGGGUUUGGAUGGUAAGCCUAAAGACCAGCGAUUAGGGUUCCGAGCUCCUAAGCUCCCCAUCUCUGAGAGGCUAUCUCUUGGGAAAAGAAAGAUGGAAGAAGCUGAAAAGUAUCCUACCUCUACUACUGUAUCCAAAGGGUAUGCAUUGUCACAGCCAAACGGUAGUGCUGCAUCUCCUGGUCUUGUGAAUAAAGCUUCUAUGGCUCAUCCGUGGCCUAGUAGUGAAGUUGCUACUGCUAACACAAGCGGAAGCCAUUUCAAAUUGGAGAGACCUCAGAUGAUACUUAACGGUGCUUCUCAAGGGACUCCAAUUUCUUCCACAAAUUAUUAUGCUGAACCCUGGUCUGCCCAACUUCCAUCCACCAUAUCUUUCAGUACUGCACCAGAUAAGAAGGUUCCUAUUCAAAGUUCUGUCAGGGCAGCAGAUCCAAGCUUUAGGCCAUUCAGGCAAGGUACAUUCGCAGGCACAAAUCAGCCGAUGCAGGGGCAUUAUAGUCAGACUUCUUCGUUUGGAAACAACCAUAGUGAAAUUGCUAAGAUAAUCCAUAAAUUUCUGCAACCACGGGUUAAACAAUAUCCUUUGUGGAAUCCACCUUCAAGAGAGUAUAUGAGCAGGGCAAUGCCAUGCCAGAUGUGUGAUGUUACCAUCAAUGAAAUGGACACUCUACUGAUUUGUGAUGCCUGUGAAAAAGCAUACCACUUGAAAUGUCUGCAAGGAAACAAUAUGAAAGGUGUUCCAAAAUCUGAAUGGCAUUGCUCAAGAUGUGUGCAAGCAUUCAAUGGGAAGCCAUUUCCUCCUACAUAUGGGCGUGCGACUCGUGCCGUACCUACGACUACAGCAAAAAUGCCUUUUAGGGCAGUUGGAGUUCUAUCAUCCUCAGCGAAGAAGAUUGGAUCGAUGGAUAUUAAGGGUAAUCAACAAAAACCAAUUGUAACUACGUUUUCCAGAGUGCAAAAUAUUCCUGGCUUGGUUUCUGGAGCAGCAACUACAUCUCGUUUUGAGUCUGCUAGUGUAAAUGCAAAUACAACUGCAAGCACAGCAAAGACUACUAACAUUGGAUCACAAGGCUUUAAGGAAAGUGUUAUUUGUGGAGCUAAUUCUCCAGCACUUGUAUCGCUUACUGAGACUCCAAAUCGUACAGCACUUGCAAGUACAAGUUCCGUGAUAAACAAUGGCCUCAUUUCGAAACCUUUAACACCAGUUAGCACUAUGAGCAGCACUUCUCCAUUGCAUGUUGGUAACCAAGUUCCCGUGAAUGCAACCUCAAAUGCUAGUCCGAGUACACCAAUAACUGCUAGCCUUGUAGCACCACCCCCGACAGUUACCCAAAAUGGAGACAGCAGCUCAACCGCCUCUGGGACUGCUGACCAUUCUAUAUCGAAUGCGGACAUUACCCCUCAAGUUCAUACAUUGACUGUUACUUCCAGUAGCAAUUUUCAACCGGCAGUGUCACAUUCUGAGAUUGCAAACCAAGUUCCCGUGAAUGCAACCUCAAAUGCUAGUCCGAGUACACCAAUAACUGCUAGCCUUGUAGCACCACCCCCGACAGUUACCCAAAAUGGAGACAGCAGCUCAACCGCCUCUGGGACUGCUGACCAUUCUAUAUCGAAUGCGGACAUUACCCCUCAAGUUCAUACAUUGACUGUUACUUCCAGUAGCAAUUUUCAACCGGCAGUGUCACAUUCUGAGAUUGCAAAAGCAACUGAAGAUGCAGCUCCUACUGAAAAUAUUCCUGAGUGUGAGAAUCAAUCAGAGUCUACAUCUCAUUCAGACUCUGUGAAUGAUAAAACAACAUCAGAUAUUGGUCAAGAAUCAAGCAAGGAUGCUAAAGUUGCUUCUGAAACUUGCGAGAACCACCCUACCAAAUCUCCAGCCACAGUUGUAUCAGAUCAGGACACAAAGAUCACUGCCGAACUAUCCAUGCCACAAGAGAAUUCAGCUUUCCAGACAGAGAAAACAGCGUCUCAGCCACUUUCGGUGUCAUCUAACUAUGAUUCACAAACCGAGAAGGUUACACCAAGUGUCCAAGAUUCUUUACAGAAUGUUCCGGGAGAUUCACAGGAGGGAAAAAUGUUAGAUGGUUUAGAUGAUAGACAUCAGGAACAGCCUUCUGAGCCGGAGUUGUAUAAGUCAGAUUCGAUAAAGGAAGCAAAUGAUGCCUAAAAGUUUUGAGCAUUCACCUUGGGAUUACUUCACCAGCGAUUAUCGUCUUCUCUCUCCCUUUGGUCCUCAAUGGUUUAUAUAUCUCAUUUGUUAAGUGAAACCAGUCAGAUUCAAAACAUUGAAGCUGUGGAUGAACUUGUCAUAGCUUGUGAGUGAAGACAAUGACGAUUUGAUAUAACAUGUUACAUGGGUUUAGGGCAUCUUUGAUCUAACUCUGUGAAGGCCGAAGGGAACUGUAAUAGAAUUUUUUUUUUUUU